AGGAAGUCACUUUAUCUUCUGGGGACUUAAAUGUGAUGUCAUCAGCAGCGGAUCAGUUGUGUCUGAACAUCAGCACCAGUUUGCCAUUGUCUUCAGUGUCCAGCAGGAGGCGAUGUUGUGCACAGGAGCGCUGGCUUCAGAAGAGAAACAAGGCAAAGAGGAGGCGCAGCUCCUCACAGGAGGUGAUCAUCUCCAUCAAUCAGAGGAGGCUGCACACUGCAGAGGAGGAGGAGCCUCCUGCCUCACAGAAGAGAAACAAGGCAAAGAAGAGGAGAAGCAGCUCAUCCCAGGAUGUGAACAUCUCCACCAAUCAGAACAGGCGGCACACAGCAGAGGAGGCGGAGCCUCCAGCCUCACAGGCUCCACCCCUUCAGCAACGAGAUGGCAGGAAAUCACAGCAGAAAAGUGAAAAAGAAGCAGGAAUGUCCAGCUUCAAGACUUCCUCUUUGUUUAAACACAACCCGGAUAUCCCAGAAUUCCACAGUCCUGUUGUUUCUCAGGUGAAGGAGCAGAUCUUCUCCAGGAACUCCUUCAUGGAUCUCGACCUGCAUCCUCACCUGGUGGCGACACUGAACAAGGUCCUGAAUGUCUCCACACUGACCAGUGUCCAGAAACGGACGAUUCCAGUUCUUCAGGCGGGACGCGAUGCUGUUGUCCAGUCUCAGACGGGUUCAGGUAAAACCCUGUCUUACGCUGUCCCAGUGGUCCAGUGUCUUCAGUCCAUGGAGCCCAAGGUCAGCCGGAGUGAUGGUCCUCUGGCUGUGGUCAUCGUCCCCACCAGAGAGCUUGCACUGCAGACUUUUCAGACCUUCCAGAAACUUCUGAAGCCGUUCAUGUGGAUCGUCCCCGGAGUCCUGAUGGGAGGUGAGAAGAGAAAAGCCGAGAAGGCCAGGCUGCGUAAAGGUAUCAACAUUCUGGUUUCAACACCGGGGCGACUGGUGGAUCACAUCAAACACACCCUGAGCAUCACCUUCAGCGCCGUCCACUGGCUGAUCCUGGAUGAAGCUGACCGGACUUUGGAUCUGGGUUUUGAGAAGGACCUGACUGUUAUAUUGAACAGUUUGAAUUCGUCCGUUCCAAAGAGACAGAAUGUCCUGCUGUCUGCGACGCUAACAAACGGUAAGCACGCUGCCUGUCCAUGUCCUCCUGUUGUCAUGGAGACAGAGAACCUGGAAACCACACUCUCAAGAACUUCUGUCUUUUUUGUGCUCCAGGAUCGCUCAGCCGUCUUCCAGCAGUUUUCAGAGUCUGGGUCUGGAGUUCUUCUCUGUACGGAUGUUGCGGCUCGAGGUCUGGACCUCCCCCAGGUGACCUGGAUUGUUCAGUAUACUCCACCCACUUCAGCGGCUGAGUACGUGCACCGCGUUGGUCGGACGGCUCGUAUCGGAGGAAGAGGAAGCAGCCUUCUGUUCCUCACACCUGCUGAAACCGCCUUCAUCUCCGAACUGGCCAAUCACAGCUUCAGCCUAUCAGAGAUGAAGCUGCAUGACAUUCUGUCCAGUCUGAUGAUGGACGACACCUUCAAAGGCAGAGGAAAGUACCACAGCAAGACUUGGUCCAGAGCUCUGGAGCAGGAGGUCAGAGAACGAGCCACAGUCCUUCAGACGCACUUUGAGAACUUUGUUCAUUCCAGUACGAACGCCCUCCAGAUGGCUAAAAAAGCGCUGCAGUCCUUCAUCCGGUCCUACACCACCUACCCCGCUCACCUCAAACACGCCUUCCACAUCCGAUCCCUCCACCUGGGACACGCCGCCAAGAGCUUCGGCCUGAGAGACGCCCCGACAUCCCUGACCUCAGCCACGGGAUCCACCGGCAACAAACAAAGCAGGAACCAGACCAGGAACCAGACUGCAGGACCUGUUGGGCCGAAGAGGUUUGCUGUUGGUCAGACAGAAUGUGGUUGGUUGUGCUCAGAGUUCUCCAGUGGGUUGGACAAAGAUAAGGUCCAGAAGAAGAAGAAGAAGAAGAAGAUGUUUAGUCAGAGAGGACAGGAGCAGGAUGCGGUCACCUCAGGAGGCCUGUAGUUCUCAGACCUCCUUUUUCUCAGGACAACCACCAAUCAGAUUUCAGAAACAUGACCUGGACACCUCAUGGCUGUGCACCCCAGUGGACAAGUGAAGUACUGCACCAUCAAAGUCACAGCUGUCAAACACGAGCGCCACAUGAGGUUGAUGGAAAAACGACAUGUAGCCUGAGUGCAGUGAGCGAAUGAGAUGAAUGAAUUAAUCUCCUUUAACUUAACUCAAAUACAACAAAUGCUUUGAUCUUCUAAUUCUGCAUAUUCAAAGGUCAAAUAAUGAGGAUGAAGUGGUGAAAAUCAGGUUACCCUUGAUGCACAUCAGUCCAAAACGCAACUUUGUUUUGCUCAUGAAAUACUUCACUGAAAUCAUGUGACUUCUGAACAAGAACCAUGACAGGGAUUCAUCAGGGAGUGAGCCGGUCAGUGAGUGAGCCAAUGAAUGAGUGAGCCAGGUAUAACUGUUGGGAAUAAGGAACAAAAAAUUGGCCUCUUUGCGGAUGACAUGGUGCUAUCUUUAACAGAAGAAGACACUUCCUUCCUGUGAAUGAUGGAAAUGAUAGAAAAACUCAAUUACUAUGCAGAAUAUGAAUUAAAUCUUGCAAAAACCCAGAUUCCCUCAUUUAAUCGCACCCCUCACUAGAAAUCAAACAUAAAUACGGUGGAAAUGGAAUAGUUUUGACAGUGUUGAAUGCUUGGUGUCCAAAGUAAAGGUCAAACAAGGUCAAUGUCCAUUGGAUUCUAUGACAUGUGACAUAUGUUACCCUGUAACAUGACAACUAAGCAUGAUACAUGGUCCAAACUAUUCCUUUUUAAAACCCCGUUAACUCUAAUAAUUUGCAUACUUUUUUACCAAAACUGGAGCAACUUUAACUUUUGACCCCUGUACAAACUGAAACUGACCUUUGUCACCAUUCUU